AUGCGGACCGUGGACCCCCAGCUGUGGGCGCGCGACCUGAACAAGUCGGCGCUGGUGAGGCCGGGCACGCCGCGCCCGGGGCUGGAGCGCCGCCUGCGCGCCAGCCUGCGGGACGCCGCCGCCGACUACUGGCGCCACUGCUCCGUGGGGUUCAUCAAGUACAUGAAAAACGAUGAUACCAAUAAAUAUAAAAAGUGGCGCAACCUGGCGGCGGUGGCGCUAACGUUCGCGCUGGGCUGCGCGGCGCUGGCGGACGGCGCGCUGCAGUACCGCGCGCGGCCGCCGCUCUACGUGCAGAAGCACUCCACGUCCGUCACCCACACGCCGUUCCCGGCCGUCGCCAUCUGCAGCAACAAGGUCAUCAGCAGGGCGGCGCUGCGGAACCUCACGCGCCACCUGUACACCACAUCCGCCAACCAGCGGUACCAAUACUCCGAGGCUGAGAUAGAGGACAAUCUCGUGAAGAUGGGAGCGCUGCUGACGUACGCGUACACUGACGUCAACUUCAUGUUCACCAAGUUCAUGCGGGAGAGCAUGCCGCAGUUCAACAUCACCGACAUCAUGUACAGGUGCGGGUAUAUGACACGCAAACGACCAUACUCUUCAGUUCUCAGCCAACUGCUCGAAGAUCCUGCUUCGGUGCUCGUGGCGCGGGAAGGUACGAAACUGCGAGCAUUUGUUCGCGACCAGGCUGACUGCACUCGGCUUCUGCUGCGUCUUCAACUCCAGAUACCAGUGAGCAUGCAACAUAUUACUCGUCAACGUUUAAUACUAAAAGAAGUGCGUGACGUUCUUUUAAAUGUUGUUUAUCUGGUAUCCAGGCCCGCAGACUUCGGCCGCGAGCCUGUGGUGCUGGACCAGACUGGGAAGGACUUCGGGCUGGGCGCGGUGCUCCACGAGGUGCAGGAUGACUUCGCUUACAUUCGACGACCCGCGUACGGCAUGGAGGUCGACAAAGUGCUAUUGUUCGAGGGCAGUGAAUUCCCGAUUGUGGAGGGCGGAGACGUGCGCGUGUACCCGCUGCCGAUCAACGCAUCCGUCUACUUCAACAUCCAGGCGCUGUCGCAGCAGCCGGCCGACGAGAUCAGCUCCUACUCCGAGACGAGGGUGAGACACAGUAAUAGCCCCGCGGCACCGGCCGGUCGGCACUUGGUGUACGUGAGUUGUCCGCAGCGCGGGUGUCGGCUGGGCGCGGCCGGCAUGUCGCAGUGCCUGGCGGAGUGCCGGCGCUACACGGCCGAGGCGCUGUGCAAGUGCGUGCCCUACACGCUGCAGCCGCAGUGCGCGCCGCGCGCCGCCGCCACCUGCACGCUCAACGAGCUCGCCUGCCUCAGCAAGCACAGAGGUAAGGCACUGCGCCGCCACCUGCACGCUCAACGAGCUCGCCUGCCUCAGCAAGCACAGAGCGACCUGCCCUCCGCCGCAAUACUAAUACACUAUGACACAGAGAAGUUCAUGUACGUGUACCCGGGCGACGAGGCGGACGUGUCGCUGAACCAGGAGCAACAGGACUCCAUGGUGUGUGACUGCGUGGUGCACUGCCGGCGCCUGCAGUACCGGGCCACCGUCUCCUACUCCUUCUACCGCUCUAAGCCGCACGUCUUCCAAAACUUUCUCACCAAGAACAUGUCGUUGAAGAGCACGACGUCGCUCCGGCUGUUCUACGGCGUCGACCGUCAGCAGUGGUAUAAGGUGGAGGUGUUUUCGCGCUUGUCUGAUGUUUGUGUGAAGCUAAGCUGCCAGUGGAUGGCUAUAACUGGUAUCACGCUAGUGAGUUGCUGGGAGCUGGUGUACCACGCCACGUACCGCUGGCUGCGACACUUCGCGCGCCGCCGUACAGCGCCAUCUAUACCGCGCCGCCGUACACGCGGCCCGCCGCACGCAGCGCGCCGCGACUACAUUGUGAUGUAA